AUGUCUGUGGCGAACACCAAACACAGCGUCCUGUUCCCGGCGGUGCCGUACACGGGGCCCAUACCUGGAGGCCUGCACCCGGGGGAGAUGGUCAUCAUCCAGGGCACGGUACCCGAGGAUGCUGACAGCACAAAGCCGUCCUCAGACGUGGCCCUGCGCAUCAGCCCUCGCUUCCACGACUCGCCGGCUGUGGUGUGCCGCUCGCUUCUGCAGGAGAUCUGGAGCGAGGACCAGGAGCUGCACCAGCUGCCUUACAAAGCUGGCGCGCCCUUCGAGACCGUCAUCCUGGUGCACAAAGAUGCCUUCAAGGUCGCGGUGAACGGCGCUCACCUGCUGGAGUAUCAGCACCGAAUCCCGCUCCACAAGAUCAACACUUUCUCCAUUUCUGGGAAAGUCAAAAUCCACGCCAUUGGCUUCAUCCCAAACUCGGCUAUUUUCACAGAGUCAGGUGACCUGGACGUCCCGUACAAAGGCAGCAUCCUCGCCGGCCUGAGCCCUGGUCAGAACAUUGCCAUCAAAGGUCGAAUCAGCACGUACCCGCACAGUUUCACGGUGAACCUGUGCAACAGCAGGACGGGGAACGUGGCGCUGCACCUGAACCCUCGCAUGAAGUCGGCCGUGUUCAUCAGGAACUCCUACCUGUCGGGGUCGUGGGGUCAGGAGGAGCGGGAGCUGCCCUUCUUCCCCUUCUCUCCUGGCGGAUACUUUGAGCUCCUGGUCCUCUGUCAGCCGCAUCGGUUCAAGCUGGCCGUCAACGGCUCGCACCUCUUCGACUUCCGACACCGAGUCCAGGACCUGAGCAGCAUCGACCAGCUGGAGAUCAUGGGGGACCUGGAGCUGGCUGACAUCAAACUCUGGUGA